AUGGAAGAAAGCCAUCUGAUCGGCGAUGACCUGCCGCUCCCGCCAACGCGGCUUUUUGAAAGGCUUGGUCAUCUGCCUGGGUACAAAUGGGAUCCUUCCAUAGAGCCGUUCCAUUCAACUUACAAUCAUUGGCAUAUUCAUGGUGUCUGUCAUGUGGUAGAAACAGACAUUUCAACCCCGAUUGCAACCUCCUCCACCCCAGCGUCCUCGGGUCCGUCCAGCCUGACACGCUACUCCCCCAAAAUCGAAAGUCCCUCCUCCGCGCGCAACCCUCGAACAACCAGCAUCAGUGAAACCAGUAGUGAUAUCUCUCUAGCGCGCGGUGAGCAGGAGCAAAUCUGGGUCCCGGUGGUCGCACGCGUAUCAACGAACGUCAUCAGACUUGAGCGGGAGUUCCACAUGAUCAAAUCGAUUGUGCAGUCAUCAGACCCAGAUUGCAAUCAUAUAAUCAGACCAAUCGACCUGGUACGUCUCUCCCCAGAGCCCGGGGAUUCAGGUACACUUCUCGUGGCAAUUUUCGAAUCUCCUGGUCAUGACCGAUUAAGAGAUCUGGUCACGUUCGGCCCGGCGUCAUUUGCCGCCGGGAUGAAAGGCGACAACAAUACCACGCCCAGCGAGCAAAUACCAUUGCCAGCAUUUCUGGAUUUUGCCAUCGGCGCUUGCGACUGCUUAGAAAUUCUCCACUACGGUGUCAAGACAGUGCAUGGAGAGAUUCGUGGCGACGCGUUUCAUUUUAGCGCUGAAACCGGGGCAGUAAAGCUCGCGAAUAUCGGCAACGGUGCUAGAUCCUUCGACAAUGUUCUCAGUGAAGGCUGGUCUUCCGUCUCCCGUGAACUCGGAGCGAAAUACAAGCUUCAGUUUAUUGCCCCCGAGCAAACUGGCAGAAUGCCUACGGAACCAGACAGCCGUACCGAUAUCUAUGCUCUUGGCUUAUUAUUCUGGUCGAUGCUGGUAGGAAGAUUGCCCUUCGAUGGCGCCGACCCGGUGGAGGUUGUUCAGAAUGUGCUGGGAAAAAGGUUGACUCCGGUCUCAUCGAAACGGCUAGACGUGCCUGAUGGUCUUUCGGCAGUGGUCCAGAAAAUGACACAGAAGAUUGUUCAUGAUCGGUACAAUACUAUCUCGUCUGUGAAAAGGGACUUGAUGCAAAUAGCACAGUUGCUGGGAGAUGGGGAGAGCGAAGCACUCAGCAAAUUUCAAAUUGCGCAGAGUGAUGUGUCAUCAUUCUUCACUCUUCCGUCGCAGAUGUUUGGACGCCAGACAGAAUUGGACACGAUCUUGAAUGUGGUCAACAAGGUCCAUAGACGCCAGGAGAUUGCUUUCGCCAAGGCAUUUACUCAGAGUCCCUCAACCGGUCACGCUCUCGCCUCAAAUUCUUCCUUUUCAGAAGGUCGCGUGGACAGCUUUGAUCUAGCAUCAAUCUCAAGCGACUCGGGGUCAUUUCACUUGCCACCGCGGGCGCUUUCGACUUCAACUGGGCAUCAUUUAUCUCAUGUCAGCACACAAGAUUCCGCGGCGCAUAGUGAGAACGGGUUUCAGCCGCCUAAACAAAUCCAGCUCCCACCGAACUUCGACUUUUCCCCGCAAGGUUCAGCCACGUUAAGCACGCAAAAGUUGCAGAGCCCAUCUCACUCACGUUCUUCCCAGUACACUGAGCGUGAAACAAGCUCUGCACCUAGCGGAACUUCCAGCAGCCUGCCGAAUCCUCAUCCAUUCGCUUCGUUGGAGUCCAUAGGUGCUCUAUCGAAGCAAAAGAUUGGGGGCAAGUCACGACGGACAGGACGAUGUGAAGUCAUUGCAAUCAGCGGUGCUGCGGGAAUCGGCAAAACUGAUCUAUUGAAUCGAGUUCAACCGAUCAUCCGGAAGUCUGGUUAUAUUGCUAUAACACGCCUGGAUCGUGUCAAACGGGUGCCGUUCGAGCCGUUCGCCAAGGUUCUCGCCAGCCUUCUUCGGCAAAUCUUCUCCGAGCGAGAUGUCACCACAGAAUACCAUGAAAGUGUGCGCCUCGCGUUGCGGCCUAUGUGGCCGACCCUCCACAAAGUUCUUGACCUUCCUGAGCAAUUGCUUUCUCCUGGGUCCAAGUAUAAUCCCGUAUCGCCGAAGACAUCGAUAGCCCAAACACUGGCCGGGCCGGACCGACAAGCCAAUGAACUCGCCAAUCGGAUUCAGAUACCCAGUCUUAAUCAAGGCCAGACAUCGGCAGAGUUCUUCUUGGCAAAUGCAGCUUCAAACAACAUGCGACUGAUGGACAUAUUUCUGGAGAUACUCAGGACAUUGUGUCAAUUCAAGUUAAUGGUUGUGUGCCUCGACGAUCUGGAGUAUUCGGAUGACGAGAGUCUCGAGCUUAUCAUGAACAUCAUUCGCGUCAAGCUGCCUUGUGUUCUCAUUCUUACAAGCCGCAAGGAUGAGAUAACACCUGACAAUGUUCGAGCACUCUUUGAGUCUGAGAACCCCAACGUCACACGAAUUGAACUCCAUCCUCUACGGGAGACAGAAAUCAUGCACUUCGUUGCUGCGGCAAUGCAUCAGGCCCCGAAUCCAACACUCACCCCGCUGGCAGCUGUCGUUCAAGAGAAAAGCCAAGGAAAUCCUUUCUAUCUGAGAGUCAUGCUGGAGACAUGCUACAGAAAAAACUGCAUUUGGUACUCCUGGAAGGACUCGAAAUGGAUGUUCGACCUUGAUCGAAUCUUCACCGAAUUCGUGGCUCCCGUAUAUGGCGAGGGCCUUGGCCUAGGAUUCCUUGCGAAGCGACUUCAGGAGAUUCCCAUCGCUGCUCGCUCCAUUCUAGUAUGGGGGGCUUUGAUUGGAAGCCCUUUCUCUUUCUCGCUAGUACAAAAGCUUUUGACCAGCGAGUUUUUGUUUUCAUCAGGUGAAAAUGAAACAUUCACUGACGGUCACUCAGAAGGACUGGAUCUCACCUGUCCUCAUAAUAUUACAUUGCUGCGACAAUCUGAAGGUGAUACGGUCAUUGGGUUGCAGUACUUGGUUCAAUCGAAUCUUCUUGUUCCAGGCAAAACUGAUGACGAGUUCAAAUUCGCCAAUGACCGCCUUUCUCAAGCCACACUCUUAUUAAGUGAGAGUCGCAAUGUUGAAAAGAUGCACUUUAUCAUCUCUCAAGCCUUGAUGAAGUACUAUCACGACCACCGCAGCCGCUAUUCGAUGGCUCAUCACGUGGCACUCUCGUCGCGCCUUCUUAAAUCACGAUUUGCGCGGCGCAUUGAAUACCGGAAAAUUUUGUGGGAAGCUGGACAGACUGCGGCUCAAUCAGGCGCUCGGCCCACCGCACUUUGGUAUUUCCGCCAUUGUAUUGAGCUUCUCCAAGAUUGCCCUUGGGACGACCGCCGAUCUGAUGUCUACUACGAGGAGACUCUGCGCUUAUUCAUUGCAUCUGCUGAAACGACAUGGUCCCUGGGUAACACUCAAGAAGCUCUAGCGUUGAUCCAAGCUGUCUUUACGAACGCGAAGGAUGCCAUUAGCAAAUCUAAGGCGUGGAUCAUUUCGGCCAAAAUUUAUGCCCAAGGCCGGGAUCACCAUCGGUCGAUGGACGCCCUGUUGACCUGUCUUGAUGAGCUCGGCGUCCACCUCCGCACUCCCACCUCCUUCGAGGACUGUGACGUCGCUUUUCAGAAGCUCAAAGCAUAUCUCGAAUCCGCUGAUCUGGAAGCUAUCGUGCGAAGACCGUUGAGUGAAGACCCUGUUGUGAUCACCAUUGGCGCAGUGAUGGCCGAGGCGAUGUCGGUCACUUAUUGGGAUGAUUCUCAAACCUUCUAUCGAAUGGCGAUAGAGAUGAUGAAUAUUCACAUAUUUAGGGGGGGGUUUUCACAGACCUCCAUUGGCUGUUCUCACCUUGCAAUGAUUGCACUCAGUCGUUUCAAAGAUCUUACAUUCGGCUUCAGGCUUAGCAAUGCAUCCAUUUCUAUGUUAGAAAGGUGCCCAGAUGUGUGGACUCAAAGUCGAGGCUCCUUGGUUCAUAAUCUCUAUGUCAGUCACCUGCGCGUUCCCAUGUCAUCGAUUCUUCCUGCGAUCGAGGCGUCUCUGGAGACAUCAUUUACUAUUGGCGACCCCUACAUUUCUCUCGUCAGCAUCUCCUCGAUGGCUGUGACCCGGCUUUCUCUUGGACAUGACAUGAGUCAGCUCGAGGCUUUUUGCCAGGAGACACCUGAAGAUGUGCCAAACUGGAAAGAAGAUACGCGUGGCGGAGCAAGUAUCAUCGCGAUUCGUCAAGUUGCCCGUGCACUCCAAGGGAAGACAGAAUUCAGGGAUGCAGACAACGUGCUAUCAGACGAGGAGCACCAGACCUCGGAAUACAUUACUUGGCUGGGCGAAAAUGCGAGCAACGCGGACAAGCCUCGGGACACGUACUUUGGCUUUGCUAUGAUCCCUCUUUUCUUGUUCGGUCAUCAUGCUAAGGCGGUGCAAGUGGGUACCAAGCUACUGAAGACCGCCCACAGGCUGUGGUCUGCACGCGUCUCCUAUCUGGUUUACUUCUAUCUUUCGCUGUCACUUCUCACACUGCAUAACGAGAAUCCGUCCCUCGGCCUGAGUGAUGACGAUAUGGACAAGAUCUUGUUGUACAAAGCCGAGAUUGACUUCGCGCGGAGCUGUUCUGACGCGAAUUACGGCAUGUGGGCCUUGCUUUUGGAAGCUUUGAUCAGCGAGGUGCAGAAAGAUUACAGCACUGCCAUUCAAUCAUAUGAAUCAGCAGUAGAUCAUUGCCAAGUACAUGGCUGGCUCUUGGAGGAAGCGCUCGCUCUGGAACUUCAAGGCGAAUUCCUCGUCCGACGCGGAGCUAAGCGGGCGGCUCGUGCAAUGAUGAAAGAUGCCAUCUCUGCAUGGACUGCCAUAAGCGCAGGUGGAAAAGCUCAGAUUAUUACGGAGAAGCACGAGUGGCUGCUAAAGACUGCGACUUCAUCGAGAACCAUGGACAUUGGAUGUCAAACUGUUGAUGCCUUGGUGGAGAUUUCACGUGUCACUCCGCAGGAAGAGAUCACGUUGCCAUCACAGCUAGAGGAAGAGGACAGACGUCGUCGCUGGAUCGAGCAGAGCAGAGUAGACCUAGGUCAAAAAUCUCUGGACAUUUCGAGCGUCGGCCUUGAUAUCAUUGACUUGUCGAGCAUACUCGAAUCCAGCCAAGUGAUGUCCUCGGAACUUCAGAUUGACAAGCUUUUCACCAAGAUGCUAGAAAUGAUAAUGGACUCAUGCAAUGGCUUUGAAUUUGCCGUCAUUGCUACCGAGUUCGAGGAGCAAGGCUUCGCAAUCGCGGCCGCUGCGGACGCAGAAAAGUACCCAAAGUCAUUCCCAGACGGGCUCCCACUCGCAGAGUUCGAAGGGCGCAUGGCCCAGGAGAUCAUAUUCUAUGUUAUGCGCACCAAGGAGGAGGUCUUGGUUCAUAACGUGCUCGAAGAUGAGCGAUUCUCUAAUGUGAGCGAAGUCUACCAUGCAAAUUUCCCACUUGGUCGUUCUGUCAUUGCUCUGCCUAUCGUCCAGAGUGAUCAGCUGCUCGGCAUUAUACACCUCGAGGGAAAGCCAAAUUGGUUCACUCAACGCAAUGUAGUUGUGCUUCAUCUACUGUGCAACCAGAUUGGAAUUUCUCUGUCGAAUGCGCUGCUCUUCCGAGAGAUCCGUAAGGUCAGCGCAAAAAAUGUUUCCAUGAUCGAGUCCCAAAAGAGAGCUCUUGCCCAAGCCCGCGAGGCAGAGCAGAAGGCCAAAGUGGCAGAAGCCGAAGCAAAACACAACGUCAAGCUGAAAGAAGAUGCCGCUCGUGCCAAGUCGAUUUUCUUAGCCAACAUAUCUCAUGACCUACGCACACCGAUGAAUGGCGUUAUCGGUCUUUCUGAGUUGCUAAAGGCAACCGCUCUCAAUAAAGAACAGGAUGAUUACGUUGAGUCAAUCCGUGUCUGUGCUGACACUCUGCUCACCCUCAUUAACGACAUACUCGAUUUCUCCAAGUUGGAAGCUGGCAAAAUGAAAAUGUCCACGGUUCCGCUGAAUUUGAAAGAGACGAUCAGUGAGGUCAUACGCGCGCUUCGAUACACCCACCGUGAACGUGGUUUACAGACAAUUGAAGAUCUGGAACGUGUUCCACCCGAGUUGGUGGUGCUCGGUGACCCGGUCCGUCUUCAUCAGAUUUUCAUGAAUUUGCUGAGCAACAGUUACAAGUUCACACCCAAAGGAUCCGUCACCGUGAGAGCAAAGGCCGUGAGGGAAGCGAAAGGACGUGUGCGGUUGGAGUGCUCUGUUGCCGAUACUGGUAUUGGUAUUCCCGAGGAACAAAAGGCACGCCUGUUCCGGCCAUUCUCCCAAGCCGAUCCAUCCACCGAGAGAUCAUAUGGCGGUAGUGGGUUGGGAUUGAGUAUUUGCAAGGCGAUCAUCGAGGACGUUCUCGGCGGCGCGAUUUGGCUAGAUUCGACCCUUGGAGUAGGAACAACGGUGACAUUCCAUCUAGUCUUCAACAAGGCUCCGAAGAAGUCAAAUGUGCAGACACCUUGGCACCAGGAUCUUCAUCAUGCAGAGAUUGCGGAACCUUCUCGGGCCAAAGCGCGGGACCUCACUCAAAUUCCUCGGGAUCAAAUUCGUGUCUGCAUCGCCGAAGAUAAUCCUAUCAACCAAAAAAUCGCUGUCAAAUUUGUCACGAGCCUUGGUCUUCAAUGCGAGGCUUACAGCGAUGGCAAACAGGCUGUUGAUGCGCUGCGUGCCAAUGCCAAGCAAGGAAAUCCCUUCCAUGUAGUUCUGAUGGAUGUCAUGAUGCCCACUCUCGACGGGUACAACGCUACUCGCGAAAUACGACGAGAUCCCGAUCCAAACGUUAACGAGGUCCUUGUGAUCGCUAUGACUGCUAGCGCUAUCGAAGGCGAUCGAGAGAAAUGUCUAGAGGCUGGCAUGAACAAUUACCUUCCUAAACCAGUGCGCUCCCCUAUAUUGAGCGAAUUACUGGACAGAUACCUGGCACCUGUGCCCUCCCAUCCACGCACGCGUUUGGCGAUCCGCCAGACAAAAUCUCGAAGCAGUGAUAGCCUCGAGGCAGGGACCCCCACGAGUGUCUCAUCUUCCGGCUCGGAUGACACUCUGAACCAGCCGCCACUCUCGACUCCUCCACCAAAAUGA